GGACGGUAGUAUUAGCCAAUGGGAUUUGAGAUUGUCACACCUCUGACCAAUCAAUCUGUUGCAAAUACAAGCAAGUGGAAGAAAUGACCGGAAGUUUACAAACAGUAGCUAAACGAGCAAGCUAAGGUUUAGCUAACAUUUUUAUUUUAUUUUGACCAACCGUGGAAAAGUAUCGGUUUAAAACAAACAUAGAGGAAAUAUGGUUUGUGAUAAGUGCGAGAAGAAGCUUGGUAAAGUCAUCACACCUGAUACCUGGAAAGAUGGAGCACGGAAUACAACAGAGGGUGGUGGGCGUAAGCUAAAUGAAAACAAGAUGCUGACGUCUAAGAAAGCCAGGUUUGACCCUUACAGCAAGACAGGCUUUGCUACCUGCAGGAUCUGCAAGAGCUCAGUUCAUCAGUCUGGAUCACACUACUGCCAGGGCUGUGCCUACAAGAAAGGAAUCUGUGCAAUGUGUGGACGGAAAGUUUUGGACACCAAGAACUACAAACAGACAUCUGUGUGACAGUGGGCGGAUCACAGAACUGUUCUAUGAGUAAAUAACAGAUGUGGGGAUGUGACUGAUGUUCAUGUUUGUCAUCUUGUCACAUUUACCAAAUUGUCCUUCUCACCAUAUAGCUAUAAUGCUUUUUGUCUGACUUUUUCCCAUCUUUGUGAAAGAGAGAGAUUUGGAGCUGGUUUUGCCCUCUUAUUACAUAAUAUCAUAUAAUGCCACUGGAACUAUUACAGUGGCCGUAAACAGGGAAGCACUUUUGUAACCAAAUACAUCACCGGUCAUUACCUGUUAAGGCUUCUAGAUUUUUUUGUAUAUUUUAAAUUUAGUACUUAGGCUUUGAUUCUUUGCUUUUUUUAAAGUUGAUUUCUGUAUGUAAUAUACCAAUUGUUUGAUUGAAUUAAAGAAUUAAAUAUGAAGGACAUUUGA